CAACAGACGGGCAGCUCAGAGCUGUGGACAGGCAGAGUCUGCGAGGGAGCCAAGAAGAUGAGAGAAAGAGCAGAAUAACUCAACAAACUGAGAGCAGAGGGGAGCAAGGUUGGCUUCUGUCUGUUUCUUUCUCUUAAUCCGUAAAUCUUCUAUAAUCAGGAUGAGAGGGAGAGAGCACGUUGCCUGACUUAGGGCAGCAGAGUCUAUGUUGGGACCGGGCUGGUGAGGCAACCUAAGUGGCCGGCAGGAGAAAAAUGGAGGGAGGAGGCUGAAGCGGAGCUCAGGUUGGGGAACCUCACCGUAACCGGUCGAUGCUGUGCACAAGCGGCAAGAGCAGAGAGAAGAUGGUUUGACCACCAUGAGGACAAAAUAAAACCUUCACCAAGGAGCAGAAGAGGACUGAGCCAUGGCGGGAUUCUUUUGGGUAUGUGUGGUCUGUCCUGGCCCCUGACCCCCAGGUGUGAACCCCGACUGAAGGGGCCACGAUGGCGGCUGCGUCCGAUGACCCACACCUGGGUCCUGGCCCGUCGGAUGACGAAGAGAUCCUCCUCGAUGAUUCUGACUCGGGGAGCGUGCUCUCUGACGACUCGGUGCUCCCCGAGUACAACCGAGAAACGAUCUAUAAGGAGCCAGCUAAAACGCUGUACGAGGCCUGCGCAAGGAACGAUCCCACAUCCCUGCGCAGCAUACUGGAGAGAGGGGUCACCAAGGAGGAGGCUAUGGAGUUAGACAUCAAUGGCAGGAACGGACUGAUGCUGGCUGUGUCCAGAGGUUUUAUAGACAUCGUCACGCUCCUGCACAGAUGUCCACUGAUAGACAUCAACCAUCAAGACAACGAUGGCAACACUGCCCUCAUGAUCGCCGCACAGGCCGGAUUCAUCACCAUCCUCAACUACAUCCUGAACUAUUAUUCUGGCGUGGAGACUGAGAUCAGAGACCCCCGCGGCUUCACAGCCCUCAUCAAGGCAGGUCUACAGGGCCGGGAGGAAUGUGUGUCUGCCCUGCUGAUGCACGGUGCAGACAUGCACGCUGUGGACCUGGUCCAAGGCAGAGGUCUUAAGGACUGGGUCCUUCGGACUGGACGCUUUGAGACCCUGAACAGGAUACGCCGCCUGCAGGCUCACUCAGUUGCCGAGCAGUUCUGUGAAAGGUACAAGCCUGAGUGGCCUGAACUGAAGCAACUGGUAGAAAAGGCCACUGCCCCCAAAACCACCAGUCAGAAGCUGAGGCAGCGCUUGAAAGACAGCCUCACCUUCAGCUUCCCACACGACCCCCAAGACAACGGGGUCAUGGACCACAUGGUUCGGAUAACCACGGGCAUUCACAGCCCCCUGGUUGCCACCGGCACCCGGCCGCUCUGUCCCACCAGUCCCCCUGAGAUCGGCAAGAGAAGGUUCGCCGUGCCGGAGCUGCUUGAAAAGCACAGCAGUAAGGAGCUGGAGGAGAGCACCGUGUCGCACAGGAACGGAUCCAUCGCCUCGGCGACUCCGACGGUUCUGUCCGCCACCUCUGUUUCUCUGACAUCCUGCUGCCAGGAGGCAGAGCGCAGGGAGAGCGUGGUGUCAGGCAGCGUGAGAAGCUUCAUCCCCCGCAGCAUGGCACACAGGAACAGCAUAUUCCCCUCGGGCUGCAUUCCUAAGAUUGAAGUGACAAAGUCUGGGGAGCCCACACCAAAAAAGGAGAAAAAGAAGAAGAGGCAGAAGGGUUACCUGGAGCCGCCCGUCUGGAAGUACAAGGAGGCCAAGGAGGAGAAAAAGAGAGAGAAGAAGAGACAAGAACAGGAAAAAGAGCAUGAGAAGAAAUCCAAGGGGUCCAAAAAGUCCUCCAGCAAACGUUGAGUCAGGCAGAUAAAAUUUCACUGUGAUGUGGCCAUGCAGGAAAUAAAUAAAACAGUGGGAUAACACUGACUCGGAUUUCUGUAACAUGACAGAAAGUCACUGCGAAACACCUCUCAGAGGGAGCAUCUGACAAAACUCAGGAACGGAUCCGAACUUUGGCUCCGAAUGAAACUGGGACCCACUAGAUAUGUUUAGGGGUCGUACAAGCCUUCGUUUGGUGAAAAGCUUUAUGGUAUCCGAAUGCAAUACAAACAGCCUAUAGCCUGUACUGUAAAACAGACGUAUACAAUCAAAUGCCUUCAGAGAAAAUGAAUUAGUGUCACAGUUAUCUAACCAUUGUGUCAAGAGGACCAGAAGAGACCAAAAUUAUUCUUUACUGUCCCCAUUUUCAUUUUCCUUUGUCGUUCCUAAACUUUAUGCCAAUCAGACACAAAAUCACGACCCCUGGCAGCUUAAGUGAACUGAUUAUCUUUCCGUCACGGUACCUGUUACUGGUUGGGAAAUAUUAGCCGAGAAGAUUUUUUUUUUUUUCCAGGUCGCCGAUGUCAUAGAAACGUGGAAAAUGGACCAGAAUUAGAAUCUGGGUGACUUUGACAAGGGCCAAAUGGUGGUAGCUGGAUUAGAGCGUCCCCAAAAAGGCAGCUCUUGAGAUGUGUUACCGAUCUGCAGCCACAUGGGCUGGCCCAUGUGGUCUGAUCCAACAGACGACCUACUGUAGCUCACAUUGUAGAUGUUAAUGCUGGUUCUGAUAGAAAAGUGUCAGAAUACAGAGUAAAUGACAGACUGUAGAGUUUGGGGCUGCUUAGUAUGGAGUCAGACCUGUCGGACCCCAUGAUGUCUACCAUCAAAGAUGAUCAUGUGAGCACAAGAAGUGGACCUCAGAGGAAAAGAGGAAGACAACAUGUUCUUUUCCACCAUGUAGAUGCCUGGGUGCAUGUGUGUGCUGCCUACCUGAGGAGCGCAUGGAACCAGGAUGCACUAUGGGAGGAAGGCCAGUGAGUGGAGGCUGUGUGAUGGUUUGGCCAAUGUUCUGCUGGGGAACCUUGGAUCCUGACGUCCAUGAGGAUGUCACUUUGACACCUUUUCCCAACAAGCUUGAGGUGCUGAACCUUAGAGAUGUACUGGAGAAAAAAAGACCAAUCCUUGUUGGGCAGAACGGAUCUGCAGGGUACCACAGCACAGCUUUGUGAGUCUGGAGGAGUUCAUGCCUCGAUGAGCUGUAUUGGCUGCCAAAGGGGGAUCAGCACAACACUCAGCAGGUGACCAUAUUGUUACGCCUGAACGGUGUUUACUCCCUGAUUUUCCCCUCUGCAGCAUGUAGCAUCUGCCAGAUGCCUUUAUAGUGUUUUCACUUGUUUCUGAUGCUCCAGAAACAAAAUCACAACAGAAAGGUUUAAAGCUGAAAAGUCGUAUCUCUGCACGUUUGGCUUGUGGCGAAAA